AUGUCUCUCACACCGGCGCAGCAUUCAGCCCUCGAGCAGCUCAGCGCGAUUACGGCAUCGACCACUACAGCUGCAAGGGACAGGGACGAGCGUCUGCUCAGGGAGAAUGGGUGGGACGUGCAGGCGACAGUCGAGCAGAUCUUUGCAUCCGGUGGAUCUCUCACAGCCGAUGCUCAGGAUGGAUCUUCUUCGUCAGCCAGGACACCACCAGCGGCGUUUCGUCGGGACGAUGAGGAUCAACGCCCCGCUACGAGUGCCCGUAGACCAUCGGGGUCCAACGUUCGCCCCAGGAGACCGUCCCAGCCGGGAUAUGGAGGUGCUGGCAUUCCCGGAGGCGGUGGAGGCGGGAUGAGCGUGCUGGAUCUGGUGAUGAGCCCGUUCAGAUUGGCAUUGGGUGUCGUCAGCGGGAUAUGGUACUUCAUCAUCCGAAACGCCAUGCCUGUCACGUUCCUGCGGUAUCUCCCUCCCUUCCUCCGCCCGCCCACCACCUCCCGAUCUACCUCAUCCUCUAAUCGCCGCCUCCAAGAUCCCACCACCACCUCCCUUACCUACAUCCGGGACCUCGAGCGGCUCACUGGAUGUUCCGCCACUUCCGGUACCCUCCCCGAGAUCUACAUCGGGCCCUACCGCGAAUUCCUCAACACACUGCGGAAAGAUGGGAAGGUCGGGAUGGUGUUGGUCACCUGUGCCGAGCACGAGGAUGAUGUCAAGUUCAAGAGGGAGACGCUGGCGGAUGGGGAGAUGGUACGAUUCUUGAAGGAAAAGGAGAUCUUGCUUUGGGCAGGGGAUGUACGGAGUCGGGAGGGAUAUCAGGUUGCUGGAACACUAUUGGCUACGACAUACCCCUCGAUUUACUUCAUGUCCCUCCUUCCGGGCCACGCUGGCGCUGCUCCGAAAAUAUCCAUCAUCGCCACCCUGUCCGGCUCACCCGCCACUUCUACCUCCUCCGCCUCCAUCAUUCAGUCCCUCACCACCUCCGUCCUCCCCCGAACCAACGCCUUUUUGGCGCGUAUGAAGCGCGAGCGAUCUACCCUCGAAGAAGCGCGUCAUUUGCGGGAAGAGCAGGACCGAGCUUUCGCUUCCGCGGCACAGCGGGAUCAAGCCAAGAUCCUCGCGCAACGGCAGAAGGAGACUGCGGAGCGGCAAGAGCGGGAAGCGAUUGCUGCGCGCGAGGCGGCGGAGCGUGAUCAGAAGGCGAAGGCAGAACGAGAGAAGGUGGAUGCGCUGGAGAAGCGGGCGGUAUGGAGGCGGUAUGCUCGGAAACACCUCUUAUCGCCCUCGGACGGACCUCUGCGUAUCGCUCUGCGGACCCCGCUCAAUGCCAGUCGGAACGUCCGACAGUUCACGCCCGGACGCUCAACGGAAGGGCUGUUUAUCUAUGCCGAGACCCUCCUCAUACCCGACUCUGACACCCCGGAAUCAGACCCAGAUCGGCCGCCCGCGGGGUACGAGCCGCCCACAGACUUUGUGAUCGUCACGAGUUACCCGAGGAAGGAGGUCCCUCGGGUGAGUCAGGGUGGGGAGGAGGCAUGGGAGAUGGUCAAGAAGGCUGGAGGGGCUUUGUUUGCUGAAAAGGCUGAAGGGAGUACGUGGGGUACAGUAAGCGGAGAUGGGGCGGACAGUAGUGAUGAGGAGGUAGUGGACGACUCGGACUAG